AUGCUCUUCUCCCUUCGCCGGCCGUGGGGGAUCGCCCGGUGUCGCCUUCGCCUGGCCCUGCUCGCCCUCCUCGCCUUCUUCUUCUUCGUCGCCGGCCCGCGCCGCGCAACGACGGUGUCGAAACGGGGAUCGGAUGCGAAUCUCGUUCUCCUCCUGUCGACGUGGCACCGCACCGGAUCCACCUUCCUCGGAGAGGCCCUGACAUCGCCUUCCCGUGCGUAUUUCUUCGAGCCCCUCUGGCUGACCCGAACCCGCAAGGACGACAAGGGCGACUGGCCCCGUCUCCUCCGCGGCCUCUACGAGUGCGAGUCCCGAGAGAUCGACCGUUUCCUGCCAAACCUCCGCGCUGCC